UUUCUCGGUCUACAUUUACAACGGAGAAAAUAUAAACAAAUACAGUAAAGAAAAGCUCAUUGUUACUUUCGUUGAGAUCUUCUUCUCUCUACUCCAACGAAAACCGUGUUCUUCUCCUAGUACUUCUUGUUAAUCCUGAAAUUUUCGACAGAUCGCCAAUUAGCUGGAAACAGAGCGGACUCCAAUUGAGCUAGUGGUCCUGCAAACUGCCCCAUUCAUUCUUCUCUACAUUAUUGAGGAAAAAAAAGAAUAGAUGAGAGAGACUAGAGAUGGAGUGAGGGCUGACAGGUUUUCAAGUUCCGCAUCUGCUGACUCUGAUCCGCUUGUUCUUGACAUAGAUGAUUUCAAGGGGGAGUUCUCCUUUGAUGGCUUGUUUGGUAACUUGGUGAAUGAGAUAUUACCUUCUUAUCAAGAAGAAGAAUCGGACGCAGCUGAAGGCCAUGAUGCUCUACCAAAUGGGAAUUUGUGGACCCCACCAGAUGCGGGAAAGUCAGCACAAGGAAUGUCAAGUCCGCUAUUCCCUGAAGUUGAUGAUUUAUUAUCUUUAUUUAAGAAUUCGUGUAAACAACUGGUUGAUCUCAGAAAACAGAUUGAUGGGAAACUUAACAAUCUUAAGAAGGAAGUUGCUGUCCAAGAUACAACGCACCGCAAGACUCUUUUUGAGCUGGAAAAAGGUGUGGACGGCUUGUUUGAUAGCUUUGCACGGUUGGAUUUGCGUAUAUCUAGUGUGGGUCAAACAGCUGCCAAAAUAGGAGAUCAUCUACAGAGUGCAGAUGCUCAGAGAGAAGUUGCUAGUCAGACGAUAGAGCUCAUAAAGUACUUGAUGGAGUUCAAUAGCAGUCCAGGAGACCUGAUGGAACUUUCUCCUUUGUUCUCUGAUGAUAGUCGUGUUGCUGAAGCUGCUUCGAUUGCUCAAAAAUUAAGAUCAUUUGCCGAGGACGAUAUCGGAAGACAAAGCAUGACUAUCUCAUCAGCUGUUGGUAAUGCAACUGCGAGUAGAGGGCUGGAAGUUGCUGUUGCCAACCUCCAAGAAUACUGCAAUGAGUUGGAAAACAGAUUACUAGCUCGAUUUGAUGCGGCUUCACAGAAGCGGGAGUUGUCUACAAUGCGGGAAUGUGCUAAAAUUUUGUCGCAGUUUAAUAGGGGUACCAGUGCUAUGCAACACUAUGUGGGAUUAUGUCCAAUGUUCGAUGUCGAGGUCAUGAAUGCAGAUGCUGAAUUGGUUCUUGGAGAUCAGGGUGCCCAGUCCAGCCCUAGCAAUGUCGCGCGUGGUCUUUCUUCAAUUUAUAAAGAGAUUACAGAGACUGUGCGGAAAGAAGCAGCCACUAUUGCAGCCGUUUUUCCUUCCCCAAACGAUGUAAUGUCAAUACUGGUUCAGCGUGUCUUGGAGGACCGUGUUCCAAAGCUUCUUGAGAAACUUUUACUGAAGCCGUCUCUUGUCAGUCCACCUCCCAUGGAAGAAGGUGGACUUAUAUUAUAUCUCAGAUUGCUAGCCGUGGCAUAUGAGAAGACACAGGAGCUUGCAAGACAUUUACGUGGUGUAGGGUGUGGCGACUUGGAUGUUGAAGGUAGAAAUGCCUUCCAUCUUCUCAACUUCGCAAACAUCUUUUUUAACUUUUUUAUUGUGUGAA